GCGAGUGUUUGAGAACAGGCUGCUAGGACCCUCGCCCGGCUUUACAGGACUAUGUUUGCCUCAAGGCUUUUCGUGUUCCUUAUUCCCAUUUUUCUGUGUGAGCGGACGUCAGCGCAAGGUGUCAGCCCGGAAUGGACUGCGGCAUACUCCAAGGCAGAGCAAGCGGUGUCUCAGCUCAGCUUGCAAGAAAAGGCGUCUCUCGCUACAGGCGUAGGCGACUUUACAGGACAAUGUAUCGGUAAUACCGCGGCUAUAGCAAACAUUACUUUCCCUGGACUGUGCCUUGAAGACAGCGCUUUGGGCGUACGCGAUACCGACGGUAAUUCGGCGUUCCCAGCAGGGAUCAAUCUGGCCGCCACAUUCAAUAGGACUCUAAUGCGCCAGCGGGGCAUCGCGAUGGCCCAAGAAUUUCGAGGCAAAGGUGUCAAUGUCCAGCUCGGGCCAUACAUGAAUCUCAUGCGUGCGCCGGAAUCAGGUCGUGCCUGGGAAGGAUUCGGAGCGGACCCAUUCUUAUCAGGAGAAGGCGCCUACGAAACCAUCAUGGGUAUCCAAUCUCAAGGUGUCCAAGCCGUCGCAAAGCAUUUUAUCAACAAUGAGCAAGAGCAUUCCCGCAUGACCAGUUCUUCCAAUGUCGACGACCGAACGGAACAUGAGUUAUACUUACACCCGUUCUUGCGCAGCGUUCAAGCGAAUGUCGCUGCUGUGAUGUGCAGCUACAACCAAGUUAACGGCAGCUACGCAUGCGAGAAUAACGCCACGUUGAACGGGCUCCUCAAAACGGAACUAGCCUUUCAAGGGUAUGUCAUGUCCGAUUGGUACGCUACGCAUUCGACAACAUCCGCCAACUCUGGUCUCGAUAUGACAAUGCCAGGCGAUAUCUUCCUCGGCAUUGGAAGCUACUUUGGGGACGCUCUGGUUGAUGCAGUGAACGACGGAUCCGUUAAUGAAUCUCGUGUGGAUAAUAUGGCUACCCGUAUUCUUGCAGGAUGGUACCUUCUCGGCCAAGAUUCUGGCUACCCGCCCGUCAACUUCAACGCUAAAGAUCCACUGAGCUCUGAGAACCGGCAUGUUAAUGUCCAAGGUGAUCAUGCCAGCCUCAUUCGCACCAUCGGAGCGGCUUCAACCAUAUUACUCAAGAACCAGGGCGGCAUUUUGCCUCUAAACAAACCGAGCUCGAUCGCUGUUAUAGGUAGCGGCGCGGGCUCGAACCCGCUUGGUCCGAACGCCUGUCUUGACAGGAGCUGCGACAUAGGUGUGCUGGGUAUGGGCUGGGGCAGCGGAUCUGCCAAUUACCCUUAUCUCAUUGCGCCCUUGGAUUCCAUCACGAAUCGCUCCCAAGCUGACGGGACCAAGGUAUCUUCUUCGCUCAGCGAUACAGAUCUGUCCGAAGCGGCCAGCGUUGCGCAGGGAAAAGAUGUAGCCUUCGUGUUCAUCACGGCCGAUAGCGGCGAAGACGGGUAUCUCGUCGAGGGUAACACCGGGGACCGCAACGACCUGCAGGCGUGGCACGGCGGCGAUGCCUUGGUUGAGGCCGUCGCGGCAGUCAAUAACAACACGAUAGUUGUAGUCAAUGCUGUUGGGCCCAUUAUUGUGAAUGCGUGGAUCGAGCACCCAAACGUUACUGCGCUGAUUUGGAGCGGAUUGCCAGGACAAGAAGCAGGAAAUGCGCUCGUGGACGUCCUCUACGGCGUGCAUAACCCGAGUGGACGACUACCCUUCACAAUCGCCAAGUCAGAAGAAGACUAUCCAGCCAAGGUUGACGCUUCCUUCUCGCUUACGAUACUGGAAAUCCCGUACACCGAAGGGUUAUUCAUCGACUACAGACACUUUGAUGCUGCGAACAUUACACCUAGCUUCGAGUUUGGUUUCGGGCUGUCAUACACGACUUUUGAAUACUCCGGCUUGGACAUAGCCGGGCAGCCCAUCAGUGGACCCACGAGCCCCCCGUACGGAUUCGGAUCCUCCCUGGACUCGUCUCUUCACGAGAAUGUCGUUAACGUCAGCUUCAGUAUUCAGAAUACUGGCCCACUCCCAGGCCACGAGGUCCCGCAGCUGUAUCUGGCACCGCCGCCGAGCGCAGAUUCUCCGCCACGUCUGCUCAAAGGUUUUGACUGUGUCUUCGUUCCUGCGGGUGCGAGCGUCGUAGUGACAAUGGGGCUUUCGCGCUACGACCUGUCGAUUUGGAACGUGGUCGAGCAAAGGUGGACUAUUCCUAGCGGCGAUUUCGGUAUUGUUGUUGGUGCCUCAAGCCGUGAUGUGCGGUUGAGCAGCGAGCUGACGGUUGUGUAGGCUUGCUCAAUGCCGCGACAGCUGUAUUAAUUAGCUAGUGUACUUAUUUGCUGGAUGGAGACGAACAUGCUCA